GUAUAUUUGAUACAGGUGACAUUAAAAAUUCAUGAAAUUUCAUUGUGACCACUGUCAAUUUAAAUGCCAUCAGAAUACAUGUGCAUCAUGCUGUUCGUUUGCAUUGUUGAAUCUGACUUAAUGUUGAAUAUAAAAAAAAUAACAAUUCAAGUUUGUUACACCUAUAGCCUAGAAACAUUUAACUAAUGGUACAAGAAUAGAGUAGGGAAACCAGUUCACUCGCACUUUAACACUUCAUAUUAACAUAUGGUCUUACUGCAGUAUAUGGAGGAAAAAGGAGUUAAAUACUUUCAAUUGUUUAAAAAGUUGUUGUUAUUAUUAUUGCUGCCAUGUCAACAAACCAUCAAUAAAUGUGUUAUUUUCCGUUAUUACACACGGGUGUUUUUCGUAGCAAGUGAACAUGGACUCUAUGCGCGCAAACAGAUCAGGGACGUCCCGCGCGUUGUUUUUCUAUUCGCACUCAGCCUUUACGGGCUUCUGCACGACUCGAUGAUACAACGAUGACCAUUUCCGCCAAUCACAGACGAAUGCGCUUGAUGCGCGCGGCAAGUGCAAACCCAAACGCCAAGAAGUCGCUUUUUCUAAAGGGGCGUAUUUUUCUUGCCAAUUUAAUUACAAACCAACGUUCAAUGCACACGAUACACUCUACAAUAAUGUCAGACGCCAAUUUGCAACAAUCGGGCAUCAUGUCAAGGUGAUAGCGUUGUGUAAAUAGCCGGGAUGAGUGUUUAGGAACGUUUUUGUGACAAGUCUCUUCAAUGGAGGGUUGAGGAAGCCCGUCUCGCUACAGAAGAGGACGCUGUCGCCCCUGGAUAUGACCGGCAUUCCUUGUCGUUUCGAGCAAUCGAUAAAAGAAACUUCUUAAACUACUUCAAAGAGUUCUCAUAAAAAAAUCCUCCACAUGCAGCAAUGACAGCUUUGCAGAUCCUUGACAUUCUAGCUGUCAGUUUGUCCAGAUACUCAGAGGAGACUUUCAAUGAGGAAGUUAAAGAAACGAGUUGGCCAAUCAAGGGCUGGAGGCUUUGGAAGAGGAAUAAUCCAAGGGAGGAGUAAGGACCAAGUUGGUCCAUCCAGCCAGGCCGAUAUGGACGCUUUACUCUGUCCACCUUCUCCAUGCAGAUUAAACUUCUCUGCGACUAGAGACACACUUACGUAUGCACAGGCUCAGAAAAUGGUGGAGAUCGAGCUGGAAGGAAGACUCCACCGGAUCAACAUCUCCGACCAGCUCUCUGUCUUAACCGAGGAUGAGAUGUUGGCUCAGGAUCUGACUGAAUGCAACAGCAACAAAGAGAACAGCGAGCAGAUCCUGAGUCGAGCAAGGCAAGGAAACAAACAGACUACUUCUAAAAGCAGGAGAAAAGAUGUUAAAAACACCACUAAAAAUCAGAGGUCUGGGUCUCAGUGUAGCUCCCAGAGCCAGGUCUAUUCGACACACCACACCCAUGUACAAAGCCCUCUGCCUAAGCCUACGUUUCGCAAUGUGGAGACUUUCAAAGCCUCAGAUGCUCCUCCUCUUCCUGUGGCUUAUUACCGCUACAUGGAGAAGUCAAGUGAGGAGUUGGACAAUGAGGCCGAGUAUGACAUGGACGAGGAGGACAUGGCUUGGCUAGAGAUGGUCAAUCAGAAGCGUGUGUCCGAUGGCCACGCCUCUGUCCCCCCUGAUACAUUUGAGCUACUGAUUGACAGACUGGAGCGAGAGUCCAUUUUAGAGUCCCGCAGUCAGGCGCUGUCCCAGAGCACCAUUGACGAGGAUGCCUACUGUUGCGUUUGCCUUGACGAUGAGUGUCUCAACAGCAACGUCAUCCUAUUUUGUGACAUCUGCAACCUCGCUGUGCAUCAGGAAUGUUACGGGGUGCCCUAUAUCCCAGAGGGCCAGUGGCUGUGCAGGCACUGCCUGCAGUCCCCAUCACGCCCUGUGGAUUGCGUCCUUUGCCCGAAUCGAGGAGGUGCAUUCAAACAAACCAGCGAUGGAAACUGGGCCCAUGUCAUCUGUGCCAUAUGGAUCCCUGAAGUGUGCUUCGCCAACACUGUGUUCCUAGAACCUGUGGAGGGAGUGAAAAACAUUCCUUCUGCGAGAUGGAAACUUACCUGUUACCUGUGUAAACAGAAAAGCAGGGGGGCAUCUAUUCAGUGCCACAAAGCAAACUGCUACAGGGCGUUUCAUGUUACCUGUGCCCAGAGAGCGGGCCUCUAUAUGAAAAUCGACCCUGUGCGAGAGACUGGUACAAAUGGCACCACUUUUACCGUGAAGAAGACUGCUUUCUGCGAGAACCACUCUCCCCCUGGCACAGGUACUGAGGGAGAUGAGGAUAAUGGGUUGGUCGGGGGCAGGGGUAACAGAGGUCAAAGGUCAUAUACGUUAGGCCCUCCGCUGCAGCAGAACCAGCAUGGGCGGAAAAAAGGAUCGGCCACACAACAGAAGAAAAAUUCAGCAGGAACCUCACGGAAGACAGGAGUCCCCCUGCUUCUGGUGCCACAGAUACCGUCCUUUAGGCUCAACAAGAUUUGCACAGGGGUGUCUGUUGAGAGGAAGAAUCAAUUUAUGCAGAGGCUUCACAAUUACUGGCUGCUGAAACGUCACUCUCGUAACGGAGUGCCACUCAUCCGCCGGCUGCAUUCGCAUCUACAAGCUCAAAAGUCUGAGCAGAAAGAACCAGAUGCAAAGUUGCAAGCUGUCAGGGAAGAGCUGAAGUACUGGCAGAAGCUUCGUCAGGACCUGGAAAAAGCUCGACUUCUUAUCGAACUCAUACGAAAGAGGGAGAGACUUAAAAGAGAACAGAUGAAACUUCACCAGGCUGCGCUGGAGCUGCAGCUCACCCCUGCACUGAUGUUUCUACGCUCCACACUGGAACAGCUGCAGGAAAAAGACACCGAUCAUAUUUUCAACACACCCGUCAAUCUGAAGGAGGUUCCAGAUUAUCUGGAGUUUGUUUCUGAGCCGAUGGACUUCUCUAAAAUGCAUAACAAGCUGGAGGCCCAUAAAUACUCCUCGGUGGCUGACCUUGAAAGUGAUUUCAACCUAAUGAUAUCCAACUGUCUGAGGUAUAACUCCAAUGACACCAUGUUCCACAAGGCUGCAAUGCAGCUGCGGGAGGUGGGAGGAGCUGUCCUGAGACACGCCCAGCAUCAGGCUCUCAGCAUAGGCCUUGAUCCCAGCACAGGCAUGCACUUACCAGACAAGCCUAGCAUACGCAAAUCCACAGUCUCUUGGUGGGAUGAAGUUGACUUGCUCUUGGACCCUGAAAAUCGGGUGCACAUGUCUCCAGAGGACCAGCUGAAAAUCUUGCUGGACAAACUUGAUCUGGUGGCGACCAUGCGAACCAGUGGAGGUCGCACAAAACGCAUGCGCCUGCUGCGCAGAGAAAUUAACAGUCUCCGUCACAAGAUCAGCCACCAGGGCCGCAGCUCACGACUGCUGAACAGAAAAAGUAAAAAGGACAAGAGUAAGGAGGAAAGUGAGGACAAGAUGGAUUACAUAACCUCCAAUCCAGACACUAAGAAAUCAACAUCACAAAAAACUCAAGAACCCACUUGUCCAGCCUCUUCACCUUUACCUGGAGAUGCUCCACCAAAAGCGCCCAUGUUCUGCCUUGAGACAGGAUGGACCACCACACCAAGGCAGUCGAAUAAACCUGGCAGCAGCAAACAAAGAGGAAAAGGAAAACAGAGGGGCCUAAAUGAAGAACGAAACCAGAUUUUAGAAGAAGAAGAUGACUUCCACACUAAGGAGGAUGACACAGUGGCCCCCAACCUACCGGAGAAGGAUGUGAACACAGUUUCCUCCACAGAGAGCCCCUCUGAUUCUCCCAAAAUUGGCGUGGGUCGUCGGACAUCUGUUCUCUUCAAGAAAGCUAAAAACGGAGCCAGACUGACAAAGGAAAAGCCAGUCUUAUUGCAGAAUGGAGUCAGCACAGCCAAAAAUGAUCCAACCCCACCAGCUAAAUUUCUGUCAGCACCUCCUGCCCCAAAGUUAUUGUCUCCAUCCCCCCACCAGCUGAGAUCCAGAGGACUGAGUGUGUGCUCGGACAGCGAAGGCGAAAAGUCACACUUACCGCCUGAAGAGAAUGGCUUAAUAAAUGGACUCAAGAGACACAGCAGCAACUCAUCAGAUACAGAAAGCUGCACUCCCUCCUUCCCAACACACAGUUCCUCACCUCCAAAACGCAGUCGUGGUAAGCCAGCGCUCAGCAAGGUUCCUGUUCCUGAGGAGGCAAAUAGAGUUACUAAUACAAGCAGACGCACUUCUCAAAAUGAUGAAGAGAUGGAGCCUCUUACCUUGGUUUGGGCGAAAUGUCGUGGCUAUCCCUCAUACCCUGCAAUGAUUGUCAAUCCCAAAAUGCCCCGGGAAGGAAUUCUUCAUAAUGGCAUUCCCAUCCCAGUACCUCCUAAAGAAGUUUUGAAAUUGGGUAGACACAGACAGGAGCAGACAAAGGAGAAGCUCUUUCUUGUGCUGUUUUUCGAUACAAAGAGAACCUGGCAGUGGCUGCCAAUGGACAAGCUCCAUCACAUGGGCAUUGAUGACACAGUUGAUCGACUUCGUCUGAUGGAGGGCAAGAAACCGAAUGUGCGAAAGUCAGUGCACACGGCAUACGACCGAGCAAUGACGCACCUGAGCCAUGUGCAGGAAAACUCAACCUUUAACCCCUCAAAUUUUAUAUAAAGCACUUGGGUGGCAAAUAGAUGUCUAAAACUGACUGUAGGAGAUCAAUGAAGGUACAACAUUCAAUAUAAUUUGUCUCUUCUGUCCCAUAUCCUUCCCCUCCUCUAAGCACAUAGAGGCAUAUUAAAUUCUUCAGGAUUGUCAUAUUUAAAUCAUAGCCUUUUUUUAUUAAAGGGUUAGUUCAACCAUAUUUUUUUACAUACAAUGAAAAUGAAUGGUGACUAGUGUUGGGUGUAAUCUGAAAAAUAUGUACUUAGUUACUGUAAUCUAAUUACUUUGUCAAAAAAGGUAUUAUAAUGCAUUACACAUUAAAUUAUUGUAAUCAGAUUACAGUUACUGACUUUCAAUUAAGUUAAUAACUUUUCAGUACAUUACGUAGGUUACGCAUUUCUAAAAUAAUAUUAUUUAUGAAGUAUACAUUUAAAACAUGAAUUGUUAAUUUGUAUAUCUGUCUGUUCAUGUGUCUGUGGCAGCUGAAGGGACAACGAAAAUGAAAUACAGGCAUCAUUUUGAAUUUGAGCGGAAAAACAAAACUUCUGUAAAAAUUGUUUUAGAAAGUAACUUAAAGUUAGGGAUGCACUGAUAUGAAAAUUUUUGUCCGAUACCAAUUUGAACAAAAAACCAUAGGCCGAUACCGAUAUUUUGACACUUUAUUUUGUCAUCAGAUCACUGUUUUACUUUGGAAUUCUGCUUUAAAAAUGUACAAAGAGGUACAAAAGCUUUUUCACUGUUCUAACAAUAAAUAAUUUCCAUUGAACAAACCUUUUAAGAGAGUCACAAUGAAAGAUAAAUAGAAGAUAUAAAAAAAAUAACUAAAUAUGAUAACAUGAUGAUUGAUAUGAAAAAAGGUUAUUUUGUACUUCAAAAUAUUUUUGCACUUCUGUUUUUGCAGUUCAAAACAACAGAACUCACAUUUUACAUGUAUGUACUGUAUAUGAUAGCACAUAACAAAUUCAUACUAUGCAUAUGUUGGGUUAUUCCACGGAAAUGUCAACCACAUCAUGGAAAAAUAAAAAGUUUAAACCAAAAGGGAAAAAAAAACCCUUUUCAAUUCUGUAUUAUAGUAGUAUAAUGGAUAAUAAAUUAUGUUAUCUAGACCGCUAGAGGGUGCCGCAUGCUCACACAGCGCUGACUGAAGUGCUGAAUGCAGAAUGCAGUCUUUUAAGGUUUAGAAAUCGCACAAGGCCAUAUUGCGAUUUCAGUCUUAAUUCAGUCAAUCACACAGCAUUAAUGAAUAUCAUACCGAUGUCUCGGAAGUCAGAGUUUGUUGGUUUCAAAGCAUUUUGAAUGGUUUCCCUCAUCAUGUAGCCUAUAGGUUAAGUGCCGUUUUCACAACUGUCACGUCAGUUUGUGACGAUUUUUUCCGCAUUAACGUGAGAACGAGACAGAAUGAAAAUUAAAUAUUACAUGUUUUUAGUGUCAACCCUUCUUUAUAUUGUGGCUAUUAUUAUUUCUAGAUUGUGCAUUUGAAUUCACAGUUUUUACAAAGUAUUUUACUAAUCAAUUAUAAAUAAACCAUCUUUUUUCAUAUUGCCGUUUUUAACCGAUAUACCGAUGGUUUAAAUUUGGUCAGUAAUUGGCCAAUAAAUAUCAGCAACUGAUACAUUGGUGCAUCCCUACUUUAAAUAAUUAGUAAUGUGAUAACUUUUCCGAUCCAUAUAUUGACCUGAUUACAAUUUUAGAGAAGUCAUUUGUAUUGGAUUACUAUUUUUUGAGCACCAAAAACACUGAUAGUGAGAGACGCUAACAUUUUGAAAGAAGAUCAGACAGGUUUGGAAAAAUAUGAGGGUGAGUAAAUGAUGACAGAAUUUUAGUUUUUGUGGUGAACUAUCCCUUUAAAUGUUAUGAUUCAAAUUGAUCCAGUUUAUCUAAGAAUUCAGUUCUUACAAUUGCACUUAUUUCUCUAUGUUUGAAAAUAUUUUGCCACUUGUUCCAGUGGGCCUCUUCCACUUGUAACAAUUGAAUAUUUCAAAGAAGAUUUAUAUUGAAUGGUAGGUUACAGUUGCCAAUGCAGCAGGGCUUUCGGGCAGUACAGCUCAGGUACGUGUUGCUAGAAUGCAUUUCGUAACAGUUUACUUGAUGGAUCAAUUUCUGGGCGGAGGAUUCUGGUUUGUGAAAUACAUGUGUGCAAGUACCUGCAGUUCUAUUGCCCUUAGUUCUGGUGGUUAAUAAUUAAAACGUGACCAUGUAUGCUUUUCGUCUUUAUCAGGUUCGACGUCAUGUUGUAAGCCUCUGAUGUUUGACUCUUUCCAUAGUUGUUUUAACUUACUGUGAGAUGCCAUUUAAAUGUAAUUCAUUUCAUUGGCACUACUUAAAAUUAACGUGUCCAAGUUUAUUUUAAUGAAAGGAUUUCUUUGGGUUUGUGUCAAUGAGCUUGUAAUUGUGGGUGGAGAAUACAGUGUACAUACAGUAUAAAUGCAUGUAUGUAGAAAAUAUGCACAGAUGUGUUUUAAAAUCUGAAAUGUAAAUUAAGUGAUGACAAACAUUGUACAUGUCAUUUUAAUUUAUUAUGAGUGGUUAUGGAAAAGUUAUUUAAUAGUAAUUGAGAAGGUUUAAUUGAACAGCUCUGUUAUACUGUUCAAAAAGAAUGACUGUUUUAAUGCAGUUGUUCCUUAGUGGUCUACAGUGAGAGAACAUUAUAGAAUAAAACAUUAAGUAGUCUCUUAGAAAAUGUAUGCACAGUAAAAGAGAAUUGUGUUUUUUAAAGCCUGUGGAAAAAGCUAAUAGAACCAAACAAAAAUGUCUGAAACAGUAUUUUCUCAAAUGGGAAAUAAACACACUGUCGAACUGC